UUAAAAGUUAAAACCCUUACUAAACCAAAAUUUGGUGAGUAACCAAAGAAUCAAAAGGCGUAGGCAUAAGAGAGAAACGUGAGGGAGAGAGUAGCGAAAGCUUUGCUGGAAAAGGAAUCUCAACAAUGAGCCAAGGUCCAAAGCUCUACGACAACAAACCUAAAAAAGCUCAAUUGAAACAAUUUCAACACCAUCAAAAAGGAAAGGAAUUUCCUUCAACAUCAUCAGGUGCAGCAUCAUAUACAAUGGGUCAGCCGCCGCCGCCACCACCUCAGCCUCCGAAGGAAUCGUUUGCAAGGCGUUACAAGUUUCUUUGGCCCCUUCUCUUGGCUGUCAACUUUACUGUCGGAGCUUAUCUUUUCAUGAGAACGAAGAAAAAGGACACGAACUUAGCAGAAGAAGAUGUUGAUUUGAGUCCUCCUGUAUCAACUACACCUGUCACUGCACCUCCGGUUACUGAAACCCCAUCACCUGUAUCAUCCAUCACACAGCCUUUGAAGUUGCCUGAACCGAUUCCGGAGAGCCAACAGCGUGAACUUUUUAAGUAUAUAUUGGAAGAGAAGAGGAAAGUGAAACCAAAAGAUCCCGAGGAGAAGAAGCGGCUGGACGAAGAGAAAGCUAUACUCAAACAAUUUAUCCGAGCUAAAUCCAUACCACAGUUAUGACUUGAUAAUCCAUUGUUGAAACUUGGAUAUAUUGCCUUUGUUUGUUUGUUUGUUUGUUUGUUUGUAUGUUUAAGAAAUUUGGAAGUUUGGUUUCCUGGAUUUCAUGCAUUCUGUUUUCUGGUUGAAAAUGUACAAUUUUCUUGAGGAAGUACUCUUAAUACAGAAGCAAGUAUGCCAUUGCAAAUCA